AUGGGUCGCGUUAGGACGAAGACAGUCAAGAAGUCCGCCAAGGUCAUCAUUGAGCGUUACUAUCCUAAGCUCACCCUCGAUUUUGAGACCAACAAGCGCAUUUGCGAUGAAAUCGCCAUCAUUGCUUCCAAGCGCCUUCGCAACAAGAUUGCUGGCUACACUACCCAUCUGAUGAAGCGUAUUCAACGGGGCCCAGUUCGCGGCAUCUCCUUCAAACUUCAAGAGGAGGAGCGUGAACGUAAAGAUCAGUACGUUCCAGAGAUCUCCGCUUUGGAUAUUUCCCAGACGGAAACUGGCCAGCUUGAGAUUGAUACCGAUACCAAAGACCUCCUCAAAAGCCUUGGCUUCGAUUCCCUCAAGGUCAACGUUGUCGCUGUCGGCCAAACCCAGCCAUCAGAACGACCACGUCGUUUCAGAUAA